AUGUCCCAAUCUUCAGCCACACCACCAAUACCAGCACCAAAACCAACACCAUGCUGGCACAUCCGCCCCGUGACGCACGCAACCACACCCCAAGUGGUGCGCUUCAUCAAGGAAGCACGCCGCAAAAUGUUCCCGCAGCUCAGCGCCCAGCGCGACGAUGAAGUCGCCCGCUGGAUCCAAUCAGGCUGUUUUCUCUUUGCAACCGAGCAGUCGGAAUCCACCGACCAAGAGGCAACAGAAGAAGAAGAUGAAAUCAUAGCUACAAUCGGCUUCGUCCCGUAUGACCACCGCUUCACACAUUUCCCGCCUUACGCCGACGCCCGCCGUACCGUAGAGGUAGUGCGGCUCUUUGUGCUGCCGCCAUUCCGGCGCUGCGGACUUGCAUCUGCGCUAGUGGGUGCAUUGAAGCGGCGCGCGGUGCAAGAUGGGGUAGCGAGGUUGUAUUUGCAUACGCAUCCUUUUUUGCCGGGCGCCAUUGCUUUUUGGGAGAAGCACGGGUUUGGCGUCAUGUGUGUUGAGGAGGAGGAUGGGGUGUGGAGGACUACGCAUAUGGAGAUGUUGGUUGGGAGGGAGGGUGGAAGUGCGUAG